AUGGAGAUGUGCCCAGGAGGAGGGGGAGAGGCCCAGGAGGGGCGGUGUCAUCACCCCGACAGAAUUCAGAUCAAAUACGGGAACAUCUGGAGCCAGCGGCACGGAGUUUUGGGGGGCAGGUCCGAGGAAUUCCUCCUGGAAGAUGGAGAAUCCGUCUCUGAGGUGUCUGGCAGCCACGAACUCUGCCUGAGGCAUAUCACCAUCACUACCAGCAAGGGGCGCUACAUGCAAUUUGGCUGGCCAGGAAUCUACAAAUUCCGGGCCUUACCACCACAGCCGUCGAUGGAGGUCGGCUCCAUCAGUGGCCAGAUAGGGGUCAUCUGUAUCACAAGCAUAGGCUUCAACUGGAUCCAGACCCCGACUUCAACCACACCCAAGCCGAUGCUGCUGUCCUUGCUGUCCUUGGCCCUUCUCGUGGGCUCCGCGUGCAGCACCCAGAGGAUUUUUGGUUACGGCGGGGGCUCCUCCUUCCUCAUCCAAGGACACAAGGACCAGAGGAUCACAGGCGUGAGGGUUUUCAUGGAAUGGAUUGUCAUCAAAGGAAUUCAGAUCAGAUAUGGGAACGUCUGGAGCCAGAGGCAUGGAGUUUUGGGGGGCAGGUCCAAGGAAUUCCUCCUGGAAGAUGGAGAAUACAUCUCUGAGGUGACUGGCAGCUUCGAUCUCUGCCUGAGGCAUAUCACCAUCAUUACCAGCAAGGGGCGCCACAUGCAAUUUGGCUGGCCAUGGAUCUACAAAUUCUGGGUCUUACCACCACAGCCGUCGAUGGAGGUCGGCUCCAUCAGUGGCCAGAUAGGGGUCAUCUGUAUCACAAGCAUAGGCUUCAACUGGAUCCAGACCCCGACUUCAACCACACCCAAGCCGGUGCCCUCAGCCGUUUAA